AUGUCCGCGCAAGAUCCUACCCCACUGCCACCGACAACGAUUCUCUCAUCGAAACCUAUCUCCCAGUCAGUCGCACACGACUUCCUCGCCGCAUACUUGGACCGCGCAACCACAGACCCAGCGCUACAACCAAAUGCCGGAAUAAGUGAGCAUGGCCCUGUGUCACGAACAACAGCUGCAGCGCCGAACAUCAUCCUGCAUAAUUUGAAGCGCGUGCAGGCCGGACUUGCUGGGGAAGUGUUGGGUAGGGAUUUGGCAAUUGCGGAAAUGAAGGAGGGUGUGCAGGCUCAAGCUCAGGCACAAAAUGGAAGUGGUGAAGGGUCAUGGGAGGACAAGAAGCAGUUCGAACAGGAGCAAGGAGUUGAGGGAAAUAACGUUAACGCCGGAGGUGAGGAGGCAAUGGAUGUAGAUAAUACCGAGGCUGCGGAUGAGGGGAAUGCGGCGGGGACUCUGGAUAAGGAGGAAAGAAAGAAGUUGAAGAAGGAACGGAGGAAAGCUGAGAAGAAAGCGAAACUGAAGGAGGCAGAUGAGUAG